CGCUCCGUUCAUAUAUUCGAGUGUUUGAAUCGCUGAGUGGUUGUUGAGAGCAUUCUUGGCCGAGGCAUUGCAGAGGCUGAAGAGGGAAGGCGAGAGCAUUCGAGGCAUUAAAAGGCUGAAGAGGGGAAGGCAAGGACGCUCCCCCGCGCGGCUGAGUCAACAACAUGGCGGCGGAGGUGACAGGAAGGCCAGCGACACUCCUGCGUGUUUUAGUCCUCAGCGGCGCCGUCCUCCUCGCUGCGGGGGAGCGAGUGAAGAACAAGAUCUACGAUGAGAUCCAGGGCGACAUGCCGUGCUUCAAGAGGUUCAACGGCACACAUGAGAUCGGGUGCACGUCCAAGUUCUUCGGGAACACGGGGGUCCUUCAUGUCAUCGAGGAGAAGGCCGAUUUCGACUGGGUGUACGAGCACGGGCCCCACCAGCCCUACGUCCUGGCCUUCACGCCGCUGUUCCUGACGGAGGCGGUGCUGCAGCGGGCCACGGAUUCGGGGAAGGUGUCCGGGGUGGUGGUGGUGGUGCCCGAGGACUUCGACCCCGAGACGCAGCUCCUGGACGGCUUCUCAGGGGAGACGGAGUGCCCCGAUGACUACCUGGGCCUCUACAGCGCCUCCAGCAACCCCGACUACGCUGGCUACUGUAGGAGAAAGCCCUGGAACCCCAAUGGAACAUCCAUGCUCUACACCUCCUGGGAAUUCCCCAUUUUCCUCAUUACCAACCAGACCUCAGUCGACAAUAUUCAUAGUUGUUUCGAAAAAUUUAACAAGCCUGUGAAUGGGAUGCCCAGGGAUUGGCCUCUGUGUUCCUUGGAACUGAAAUCCAACAUGUAUGGCACGACCAAUUCGGAAGUCUGCAUGAGGCGGGCUUCCAUAGGGCCCUUAAGCACAGACAAUUUCUGUGAUCCACUGUAUGACUAUAACAUUUGGGGUACACUAAAACCCAUGAAUAUGAGUGAAGAAAUCCCCGCAAAGUCUGUCAUUAUAGUAGCAGCAAGAAUGGAUGCGGCAACAAUGUUCGACAACAUUUCUCCAGGUGCAAACUCGGCAGUGUCAGGAAUUGUCACCCUGAUGUCAGCUGCUGCGGCAAUAUAUAAGCACAAGGAAGAAAUAAUCAAUGUGAGCAACAAGAACAUACUCUUCAUUCUCUUCCAGGGCGAGACUUGGGGUUACAUUGGGUCGUCACGUGUAGUUUGGGACAUGGAGCAAGGGCAGUUUCCCCACAAAGUUAAAGAUGAUGUGAAAGAUCAGAUUGCACAGAUCAACCUCACCCACAUUGACUACUUUAUAGAGCUGGAGCAAGUGGGACAGGCAAUGGAAUCAUCACAGCUGUAUUUGCACACGGAUCCCAUCUCCAAUGCCAAUCCCGAAGUAAGGGAAGAAACAGACAACUUGCUUGAAGUCUUCAAGGGUGCUUCAGAUUUAGUUGAGGAAAUUAACUUAUUUACGGUCAAAGAGGAAGUUCCCCUCCCACCUGCUUCAAUCCAGAGCUUCUUGAAACGAGUAAACAUCUCAGGAGUUGUCAUUACUGAUCAUGAAGGUGAGUUUAAAAACCCCUAUUAUGAGAGUUUCCUUGAUAAUUAUCGCAAUGUCAAGUACGAGGCUGGCAGUGACUCAGAUCUUUACCAUAAGCACAUCACAAAUGUUGCCAGUUUAUUGGCCACAGCUAUCUACAAAUUGGCUACUAAUACCACUAAGAAGAUCAGAGCUGAUCCAGAACUUACAAAUGAGCUCUUAUUUUGCUACAUGAAAAACAUGACCUGUAACCUUGUCCAGGAAAGCGGAGGAGAUAUGGCAAAGUACUUGGAACCGAAACCUGCCAAGCUGUAUGUGAGUGUGGAGAAUGGGGAAAGGGAGAGGUCUUAUGUCACAAUGUACUUGAUGGCUUGGCUCCUUGGAGAUGAGGUAAAGCGAGAUCAACAAGAUUGCAAGAUUGAAAGCAUUUACAACAUGAAUCAAUUUUACUACUACUCCCACUUAGGCAAUGGAACAUGUGUGCAGUCCACUGUUAGGAAGACUGAAGCCAUGAGUCCUGCCUUUCUCAUAGAAGACUAUGACUGGAAAUCCGGCGAGUAUUCAACCUGGACUGAGAGUGGGUGGAAGUUGACUAAGGUCAUGAUUUUCCUGCGGCCUUCUAUUUUAGAGGAAGUUGCUGUGGUAUGUGGAGGUGUGAUAUCUUUAGUACUGUCAGUGAUUGUUGUUCAUUUCAUGAACUCGCGUGCUGAUCUACUGUUUGGCUUAUCAACACCACCUGCAGCUUGUUGAAACU